AGGUGAAGGCCACACAAUGACGUAGUUUGAUUGAGACGAGACGUCACAGUUUUUUGCUCUGUAUGUCACUUUACAUUAGUUAUUGGUUUGUCGUCCAGAAUAAUAACCUAAAUGUAUGUUCACGGGAUCUGGCAGGAAAGAGGCCACUGGAAGACGCAGAAUGCAAUUGAGGGCCAGACAGUGCAAAUAGCACAGCCUAAUGAUUUUGAGUUGCAAUACCGCCCACCUGUCAUAUGUCAUCUUCCACCACUAAGUGCACCAGAGCCAUCUGUGAGUGAGACUCCUAAAAUCCUAGAGAAAGGCCCCUUCACGAAGGCUGCGCCAUUCAAGGAGAGGAAAUAUGCCCGUAAAGUCAGUGACACCAUCGCCAACAACUACAGUCCUGGUGCCCGACACCUGACAACAUCCAUUCUCUAUGAAGAAACGAAAGCAGCUUACAGUGUUGAAGAGACCUAUUUUCUAUCACCACGAUCACAGCGGUCAAGUAGUCCAGAACAGAAACGAAGAUUCUCUGCCGGUUUGAUAUAUCUAACCAAUGGUCGUCCAUCCAGCAAUGGCAUUCUGUCAGACAAGAGACCUGCCUCAGCGGGUAGUUGUCUUUCAUCGCUGCCGAAAAUCAUCGGCCAGACCAAUGAAACCGUUCCUAGUGAGGUAGACUACAUCGGAAGCAUGCAGAAUGGGUCUACAGAGCCCAGCGUGCAGGUGGAAGUAAUUAAACCAGAGUCGGCUGGCAAUUCAAACUGGCUCAUGCAAAAGGUUUCCAGCAUGGCCGAGAGUGUGGACAGUGGUCAGCCAUCUUCCACUUAUUUUCCAGACAUGUCAAUUGUUGAAGAAAAAGAACUAGAAUUUGCAGAUGAAAAGGAAUUGUGGGAAUACCUGGUGCCAACUGAAAGGCACACUCUAGAAGAAAUGGAAUGUCUAGAAGUAAAAUUUCCACCGUACUAUUUCUCUACCAAAGGUCUGUCCCGUCCCAGCUCCCCAGAGGAACUUGAUCAGCCAAGAUAUUACCACUUGGUGGAGGAAGCCAUUGAACAAGCGAUGGUGGGCCCGAUCACCAAGGAAACCAUGGCAGGCGUGUACAGAUUUGUCCCUCUCUCUCUAAGGAAAGAGUAUCCCGAAGCUAUGAAAAUGUUUCUCUCUGAGAUGGUUGACGAUCACCACUUGGCGGUGAGGAAAGCCAUCUUGGAUUACAUCUUACUAGAUCCACAGGAGCAGGCGAGGGUCGGUCUGGUUAUACCCAAGAAGCAAUCUAGUCUCGCUGGAAGAGAUGGCUACCCAUGGCACAAGACAGUGAACCGAAUUAAAGUGUUUCUCAGAAAGGAACUCUUCAUCACCCAUCCAACGAUGAGUCAGAUCCUCUACCAGUUUGAUGUCAAAUUUAGUUUGUUUAGGCUAAUUGAUAUCCAAGGAUUGAGACAAAUGAUGCCAGUUACCAUGGAAACAUUUUAUGAACGUGUCCUGAAAUCAAGCACAUUUGGUGCCGACAUACUUGAGAAAGAAUGGCUCAAUGAAUGCUGUGCAAUUGUUGACAGAAUGAGAGAUGAAAUUGAAGAAAUGAUGCCAAAGGAUACUACAUUGCGGUUAAACCAGAUGGACCACUUCUUUGGUUCUAUAGGAUCCCUGAUGUCAAAUCUGCUGCGAUCGUGUGUUGUAAACUCCAUCAAUGACUUGGUGGAUUUGAUUGAGGAAUAUUUCGAAGGAAACACCUAUGAGGGAGCAUAUGACCUUAUGUCAGGCUUGGGUUUGCCAAAAUUAAUACACCCAAUAACCUUCUAUUUGAGAGAAAACACGGACAAGGGUUUUCUGGACUUCAGUCCUGCCUUUAAGGAUGUCUGUGACUUCUUCUACCUCAGCAUUGACACUAUCAUCCUCAGUGUGCAGGGUUUGGUUCGUGUGGAGCAGCUGCUGUUUCAGAACGUCGUCGAUCUGCCAAAAACUUACAUCACAUCGGUGAAGAUUGAAGAGGAGAUGGUGGUCAAUGCAAAGAAAAGAAUAGAGACUGUUGUCAUGGCAAACAGUCAUGGCCCAAUCAGGUACAAAACAGUGUAUGAUCGAUACAAAUACCUUCUCUCAAGAGAUGCUGAGGCCACAAUCCAGAAGUUCAUCAGUAAAGACCGGUCGCUCAGCGAGUACAUGAGAGAGAUAGAAAAACUCAAACUAGUGGCGUCUGAAGUCGGGUCACUGCCAGUGUUUGUUCCCAUGCAUCUGUUCUUGCUGGACUGCAACCAACUGAAUCAGUGGCUGAUUAACAAAGCACGUGCAUUGAUAAAUAUGCUCGUUCAGAACAUUAUUAACACAAGUAUCAAGUUCAAUCGUGAGAUUUGCAAAGAGUAUGACCAGAUUGUGAAGAAAGCUGCACAACAGGCUGAGUCAACAGAAGAACUUGUUAAACAGACGGAGUACCUAGAAAAUGUUAAAGUUGGCGAGCUUUAUCAAUUAACGGAUAAGCUGGAGAUAGCUGCUGGAAAUUUGAUGUUUCUGAUGGACUAUGCAUAUCUUCCCCGAGAUGAUAUUGUCAUCAACAACAACACCUUCACAUGGCCGGACAGGAUUAUGCCCAUCAUCCAAAACACAGAGGCGAAGCUGCAGAAGGAACAUGACUACGCCAUAAUGAAACUGCGGGACUGGAAGAGGAAGUUCCAGGCGUCACUGGACGACAUUGAGAAGAAGAUUAGACUCUUCUACUCAAGGGACAGAAUGGCAGAGGCAGAGAAGUACGUCACAGAGCUCGACGACAUGGAGAAGAAACUUGCAGAGUUGAAGACAGAGAAAGCGAAUAUCAACAAGGAAGAGGUUCUGCUUGGGUUUGAAAAAAUCACCGAGUAUGAGAAGUUGGUCAGACUUCAGUUCAUGAAGGAACCCUUCGACAAGCUGUGGCACACGGCUGUCACAUUUCACACGGAGCAUGACAAGUGGAUGAACGGACCCAUACUGGCAGUCAACGCGGAGGAUGUCGAAGAAGGGGUUCAAACUCUGUGGCGAACAGCCUACAAGUUGACAAAGGCGUUCCACCACCCAGACAUGAAGUCCCCACUGAAGGCUGCCACCACGAUCAAGUCCAAGUUGGAGAAAUUCAAGAUAAACAUGCCGCUGAUCAUCGCACUGUGCAAUCCGGGCAUCAAGGAGAGGCACUGGGAUAUGAUGAACGAGAAGGUUGGGUUCAUAAUGACUCCACAAGAGCAGACACCAUUGAGUGAGGUUUUGCAGAUGGGUCUGGAGAAGUAUCUGGAUGAACUGACGGCAAUCAGUUCACAGGCCAGCAAAGAGUUUGCAUUGGAAAAGGCCCUUGAGAAAAUGAAGAGUGACUGGAAGUCAAUGGACUUCAACUUUGUGCCUUAUAAAGACUCUAAGAUCAGCAUCCUUUCUGCGUUUGAUGAGAUUCAAGUGUUACUUGAUGACCACAUCGUAAAGACGACCACCAUGAAGGGCUCCCCAUUCAUUGGACCAUUUGAAGAGGAGGUUAAUGAAUGGGAUCAUAUGCUGCACCGUAUGAAGGCUAUUCUUGAUGCUUGGCUGAAGGUCCAGUCUGGCUGGCUGUAUUUGGAGCCGAUCUUUGGUUCUCAGGACAUACGCAAUCAGAUUCCAGUUGAAGGAAGAAUGUUCGAAGAAGUAGAUGAGAACUGGAAAACAAUAAUGACCAAUGCAGUGAAAAAUACCAAUGCUCUGACAGUUGUUUCACAAGAUCGAAUGUUGGAGAAACUUGAACACUCAGUGUCGAUGCUUGAUGAUAUUCAGAGAGGCUUGAAUGAAUACUUAGAGAAAAAGAGACUGUACUUCCCUCGGUUUUUCUUCUUGUCCAAUGACGAGCUACUGGAGAUAUUGUCAGAGACCACAGACCCGCUUCGUGUCCAGCCUCACCUCAAGAAAUGUUUCGAAGGCAUCGCACAGCUCACCUUCAACUCGAGCAAGGUCAUCAUAGCCAUGGAGUCGGCAGAAAAAGAAAGAGUCGACUUCCCAAAGACCAUAACUCCCGCUGAUGCUCAUGGUUUAGUGGAAAAAUGGCUGUAUCAGGUGGAGGAGGUGAUGAAGCUGAGUCUGCGUGAGGUGAUGAUCAAGGCAGUGAUAUCGUACCCGGAUAUGCCACGGCGGGAGUGGGUGCUCGAGUACCCGGGGCAGAUUGUGCUGGCGGCCAGCCAGGUGCACUGGACGGGGGAGGUGACCGACGCGAUAUGCGAGUCUGAGCUCAUGGACUACCUCCAGAAGAGUAACGAGCAGGUGGAGGAGAUCGUUGCCAUGGUGAGAGGCAAGCUCACAAAGAUGGCCAGGAUCACGCUGGAGGCCCUCAUUGUAAUCGACGUUCACGCUCGAGACACAGUAUCGAAACUGGCCAAGACAGAGACUCAGAGUCCUUACGACUUCCAGUGGAUCAGUCAGCUGCGGUACUACUUCGAGAACAACGGGGUCGUCGUCAGGAUGAUCACAACGUCCGUGGCCUACGCUUACGAGUACCUGGGGAACACCGGCAGGCUCGUCAUAACUCCACUCACUGACAGGUGUUACAGAACCUUAAUGGGUGCCUUACUGCUGAACCUGGGUGGAGCCCCAGAGGGGCCUGCUGGAACAGGGAAGACAGAAACCUCCAAGGAUCUUGCCAAGGCUGUUGCCAAACAGUGUGUUGUGUUCAACUGUUCUGAUGGACUGGACUACAAGGCCAUGGGUAAAUUCUUCAAGGGUCUGGCUCAGUCUGGAGCAUGGGCUUGCUUUGAUGAAUUCAACAGAAUUGAACUUGAGGUAUUGUCUGUAAUUGCUCAACAAGUCCAAACCAUACAACGAGCCAUUGCCGAACAACGAAAAACAUUUAUAUUUGAAGGGACAUCAAUUUCACUUGACCCCACUUGUACUAUUUUCAUCACAAUGAAUCCUGGAUAUGCAGGCAGGGCAGAACUGCCUGACAAUCUGAAGGUAUUGUUCCGAACAGUUGCUAUGAUGGUCCCAGACUAUGCAAUGAUAGGAGAGAUUUCCCUGUAUUCCAUGGGUUUUGUCGAUGCCAGAAGUCUUGCGACAAAAAUUGUUGCCACCUACAGGCUUUGCUCAGAGCAGUUAUCAUCUCAGCACCAUUAUGAUUACGGUAUGCGAGCCGUGAAGUCUGUUCUAACAGCGGCGGGCAGCCUCAAACUGAAAUACCCAGACCAGAGAGAGGACGUGCUCGUUCUCAGAUCUAUCAAUGAUGUAAACCUGCCAAAGUUUCUGUCUCACGAUAUACCUCUGUUUGAAGCCAUCAUUUCUGAUCUUUUUCCCGGAGUGGCGCUUCCCAGUCCCGACUACGCUCUUCUUAAGGGAGCCCUGAUAGCAAACAUCAUCAAACGAGAACUUCAACCCGUGCCUUGGUUUAUUGAGAAAAUCAUUCAGAUCUAUGACAUGAUCAUGGUUCGACAUGGCCUGAUGAUUGUUGGUGAAUGUCUUGGAGGAAAGACUUCAGCAUUCAAGACACUGGCAGACAGUCUGGGUGACCUCCAUGAUAGCGAUAAAAUGGACGAAUUCCGGGUAAUCUACACAAUCAUCAACCCAAAAGCUGUCACCAUGGGUCAGUUGUAUGGACGGUUCGACCCUGUAUCUCAUGAAUGGACAGAUGGUGUUCUAGCAAACACAUUUCGUGAGCAUGCUGCCAGCACAUCGGAUGAGAGAAAGUGGAUUUUGUUUGAUGGACCAGUCGAUGCUGUUUGGAUUGAAAACAUGAACACAGUGCUAGAUGAUAAUAAAAAGCUUUGUUUAAUGAGUGGCGAAAUCAUUCAGAUGAGCAACAAACAGAACAUGAUUUUUGAACCUCAGAAUCUGGAACAAGCUUCCCCGGCCACUGUCAGCAGAUGUGGCAUGAUCUACAUGGACCCUCUGCAGUUGGGAUGGCAACCACUUGUAGCAUCAUGGAUGCAGACAGGAUUUCCAGAAAACCUCAGUUCAAAACAGAAAACUAUGAUUGGGCUUUUGUUUGAGUGGAUUCUGCCACCAUGUUUGAAUUUUGUCUCCAAGAACUGCAAACACCUUUUGUCUUGUCACCUGAUGCACGUCACUAUGAGCAUGCUCAAACUCUACGACUGUUUCAUGGAUGAUGUCAGGAAGGUUGGUCAGGAUGACGAGGAUGAGGAUGAGGAUUUUGAGGAGGAGGAGGAUCAACCGCAGCAGCAGGAUGAGGAGAAGAAAGACACUGCUGAGGACGUGAUCCUGCAAUCACUGGACACGAUGACACAGAAGAUCAUCGAGGAGCAGACCAACAUGCUCAUCAGCUACUUCUUCUUCUCCGUCGUCUGGUCUGUCGGCGCCACGCUCGAUACCAACUCCAGGAUCAAGUUUGAUGAGUUCUUCAAGACACUCUGCGAGAUGGAAGGAUCCUCAGCAAAAUAUCCAAAACCAAAAGAAUUGAAGUUUUCCAGAGGAUUGAUGAUUCCCAAGAAAGGAACUGUUUUUGACCAUGUUUACAUCAAGCGCCAGUACGGAUCAUGGAACUUGUGGAGCAGUCUUGUCAAACCUAUGAACAUCGACUCAAAAGCAGAUAUCAAUUCACUGAUAAUCAACACUGCAGAAACUGAGCGUCAGCGCUAUUUCUUGGAGCGGUUCCUGCUGAAAGGGAAACCCGUGUUGUUUGUCGGUCCCACAGGUACUGGUAAGAGCGCCAUCACCAACAACUACCUCCUGGAGCUGCCCAGGGACAAAUACACCAUCUGCAACAUCAACUUCUCAGCUCAAACGUCGGCCAAUCAGACGCAGGAUAUCAUCUUCUCAAAGCUCGAUAGGAGGAAAAAAGGAGUGUAUGGACCAACGGUAGGCAAGAAACUGUGUGUGUUCGUUGAUGACCUAAAUAUGCCAGCCAAGGAAAGGUAUGGGGCUCAACCCCCCAUUGAAGUACUGCGUCAGUGGAUUGAUCACAAAUUCUGGUUUGACAGAAAAGACACAAGUAUUCUUCAGAUGGUAGACAUCAUAAUGUUGACAGCCAUGGUGCCCCCUGGUGGUGGUCGGAACAUGGUCACACCUCGAUUUCUUCGCCACUUCAACGUGAUUGGCAUUGAGACAUUUAGUGAAGAAACAAUGAAAAACAUAUUCGCACCCAUCUUAGACUGGCAUUUCAGCUCCUUUCAAACAGUGCUUCGCAGAUUCGCCAGGAUAAUAUUAACUGCAACACUUGAAAUAUACCAGAAAGCCAUUGCCAACUUUCUGCCGACACCUUCGAAGUCUCAUUAUUUGUUCAACCUGAGAGAUUUCUCCAGAAUUGUGCAGGGGAUUCUGCUGGUGAAGGCCACCGUGAUGCCUCACGACACGACUAUGGCAUCGGCGAAGAUGUGCAGGAUGUGGGUGCAUGAGGUCUACAGAGUGUUCUAUGACCGGCUCGUUGAUGACGAGGACAGAGACAGGCUAUUCAAACUGGUUAAACAAUCCUGUGAAUCCCAGUUCAAGGAGAAGUACAGUGCUUUGUUUCUGCACCUGUGUCAGCCUGGCAAGUCUGUGACUGAUGAUACUCUUAGAAGUCUGAUGUAUGGAGACUACAUGAGUGACAAAGAGGACAAGCUCUAUGAUGAAGUAGAAAAUAUUGAUGCACUCCGAGAGACAAUAGAGCAGUACCUGGAGGACUACAACACAAUAAGCAAGGCACCCAUGGAUCUGGUCAUGUUCCGUUUUGCCAUUGAACACAUUUCCAGAAUCAGUCGUGUUCUUAAGCAGCCUAAUGGACACUGUCUGCUUGUUGGUAUUGGUGGCAGUGGUCGACAGAGUGUGACCCGCCUUGCAGCAUUUAUGUCUGAUUUUGAGCUGUUCAACAUCGAAAUAAGCAAGAAGUACUCAGUGUUGGACUGGCGGGAAGACCUCAAGCACUUGAUGAGAAGAGCUGGAGAUGAUGGCGUGUCCAUGGUUUUCAUGUUCGGUGAUCAUCAGAUAAAGGAUGAAUCCUUCCUGGAGGAUGUGAACAUGAUUCUGAACACAGGAGAUAUUCCUAACCUUUAUGAAUCUGAGGAGAAACUACAGAUCAUUGAGAAGAUGCAGGUGAUUUGUCAGGCUGAAAACAAGCAGAUGGAGUUCACUCCCCUGAACAUGUACAACAAGUUCAUCGAGCGAACUCGGCGGAAUCUCCAUCUCGUGCUCACCUUCUCCCCAAUCGGCGACUCGUUCCGCAACCGGCUCCGAAUGUUUCCAUCACUCAUCAACUGCUGCACCAUUGACUGGUUCAAGGCCUGGCCUGAGGAUGCUCUGGAACUUGUUGCCAAUAAGUUCUUGGAUGAAGUAGAAAUGUCGAAUGAAGUCCGAGAACAGUCAGUUGCCAUGUGUAAACACUUCCAUGAAACAGUGCGCCAUCUCUCUGAAAGAUACUUUGACACACUGAGGAGAACGAACUAUGUGACACCAACCUCCUACCUGGAGCUGAUCAAGACAUUCAAGAAACUGAUGAACAGGAAGCGUUUGGAAAUCCUCACUCUGAAGGACAGAUAUACAGUCGGUCUGGAGAAGCUGGAGUUUUCAGAAGAGCAGGUGAGCAUAAUGCAAGAGGAGCUGAUAGAGCUGCAGCCGAAGCUGAUAGAGACGAACAAGGAGACGGCUGAGCUGAUCACCAUCAUUGAGGGGGAGACCAUUGAGGUGGAGAAGAAGAAGCAGCUCGUGGAGACCGACGAGGCCGUCGCUAACAAGGCAGCCAUGGAGGCCCAGGCCAUCAAGACUGAGUGUGAGGAGAAGCUAGCUGUUGCCAUGCCAGCACUGAAUGCUGCUGUUGCUGCCUUGAACACAUUGAAACAGAAUGACAUCACUAUUGUCAAGACGAUGCAGAACCCACCAAACGGAGUCAAAAUUGUAAUGGAAGCUGUGUGUGUCAUAAAGGGAAUUGCACCCAUUAAGAAGGUAGAUGCAAGUGGCAGAUCAGCUGAAGAUUACUGGCCGCCAGCAAAGAAAAUGCUUGGAGAUAUGAAAUUCCUGGAAUCUCUCAAGGAAUUCGACAAGGAUCACAUCCCUACACACGUGAUGAAGAAAAUCCGGGACAAAUACAUAUCAAACCCGGACUUUGAUCCAGCUAUAAUCAAGAACGUCUCCUCGGCCUGUGAGGGUCUCUGCAAGUGGAUUCGAGCCAUGGAAGUGUACGACGGAGUCAUUAAGGUCGUGGCACCAAAGCAGGCCAGUUUACAGAGUGCUGAAGGUAUCCUUGGAACCAUGAUGGUUGAACUGAAGUCCAAGCAGGCAGAGCUGAAGUUGGUCACCGAUAAACUGAACAGUCUGAAUGACCACCUGUCCCAGAAACAAACAGAAAAAAUGAAUCUGGAAGACAACAUUAAACUAACAAAAGUGAAGAUAGAACGAGCCAAGAAACUGAUCAGUGGUCUUGGAGGUGAAAAAACCAGGUGGACUCAGAAUGUGGAGCAGCUUACUGAGACGUACGACAACAUUGUGGGUGAUGUGCUGUUAUCGGCUAGUAUCAUAGCCUAUCUUGGACCAUUCAUCUUGGAUUACAGACAGGAAUGUAUCAAAGAGUGGUAUGACAACUGUGUUAAGAGGAAUAUUCCGGUGUCCGAAGUGUUUUCUCUCUCCAACACACUGGGGGACCCCGUGAAGAUCAGAGACUGGCAGAUAGCCGGGCUUCCAGUGGACAACUACUCUGUGGACAAUGCUAUCAUUGUGAUGUCGGCCAACCGCUGGCCUCUGAUGAUAGACCCUCAAGCUCAGGCUAACAAGUGGAUUAAGAACAUGGAGAAAGCAAACAAACUGGAAGUCAUAAAACUGUCCGAUGCAACUUAUGCCAGGACCAUGGAAAACUGUAUUCAGUUUGGAAACCCCUGCUUGCUUGAAAAUAUUGGUGAAGAGUUAGAUCCAGUGUUAGAGCCGAUACUGCUAAAACAGACUUUUAAACAGAAUGGCCUGGACUACAUUAAGAUAGGUGAGAACGUUGUGGAGUUCAGCAAGGAUUUCAAGUUCUAUAUCACCACGCGACUUCGGAAUCCUCACUACCUGCCAGAGGUGUCAAUCAAGAUUACACUACUGAACUUCAUGAUCACCCCUCAUGGGCUGGAGGAUCAGUUGUUAGGAAUCGUCACGGCCAAAGAGAAACCUGAACUUGAAGAGAAGAAGAACCAACUGAUUGUCGAGAGUGCUAGAAACAAACGACAGCUCAAAGAAAUUGAAGAUAAAAUUCUGGAGGUUUUGUCUUCAUCUCAGGGAAAUAUUCUGGAAGAUGAAACAGCGAUUGAAAUUCUUUCAUCCAGUCGUGUUUUAUCGCAGGAGAUACACGAGAAACAGUUAAUAGCAACGAACACUGAAGCAGAGAUAGAUACAGUCAGGAAUGGAUACAAGCCUGUUGCCCAUCACAGCAGCAUGCUGUUCUUCACCAUCUCUGAUCUUGCCAGUAUCGACCCCAUGUAUCAGUACUCACUUGCCUGGUUCAUCAACCUCUACCUACAGUCGAUCCAUAACAGUGAGCCGUCUGAAGAUCUUGCAGCGAGAAUCUACAACUUGAACAACCACUUCACGUACAGCAUCUACACCAACGUGUGUCGCUCAGUGUUUGAGAAGGACAAGCUGCUCUUCUCCUUCCUUCUGUGCAUAGGUCUGGAGAAGGGAAGGGGACAGAUAGAUGACACUGAAUGGAGGUUCCUGCUGACCGGAGGAGUGGCCCUGGAUAACCCUUACCUAAACCCUGCAUCAGAAUGGCUUGCUGACAAGUCCUGGGGUGAAAUUGUUCGCUGUUCAAACCUGAAAGCUUUCAAAGGAUUCAUGGAUCACUUUCAGAAACAUGUAGAUGAAUGGAAGGUAGUAUAUGAUGCAACUACGCCCCACACACAGCCAUUUCCCGAACCCUGGGACUAUCUGACGAGACUGCAGGAACUCAUAGUACUCCGCUGUCUGCGACCAGACAAGAUGGUACCCGCCAUCCAAAGGUAUAUCAUAGAACGAAUGGGACAUGAUUACAUUGAACCACCAACAUUUGACCUGUCUCUGUGCUACGCUGAUUCCAAUUUCUUCUCACCACUGAUUUUUGUCCUCUCUCCUGGUGCAGACCCCAUGGCAAGUCUCUAUCGGUUUGCUGAAGAAAAAGGACUUGUUCCAUCAAUUAGUAGCAUCCACGCUAAGAUUUCAGCGCAGAAUCGUAAAAUGUCUAUCUUUGGACAGAGUCUUUCAGCCGAGGAAUUCAACCGUGCAGGCAACAAACGGUUGGCAACCAUAUCUUUGGGUCAAGGUCAAGGUCCAAUUGCAGAGAAAAUGAUUGAGGAGGCUAUAGAAGCAGGAACGUGGGUUGUUUUACAGAACUGCCAUCUAGCAGCAUCAUGGUUACCAGAACUAGAGAGAAUUUGUGAAUCAGUGAUCAGUGACCCGGCCCGCACCAAGCCGAGUUUCCGACUGUGGCUCACCAGCUACCCAUCCCCUGUGUUUCCCGUGUCCGUCCUGCAGAACGGGGUCAAGAUGACCAACGAACCACCGAAGGGACUGAGGGCAAACCUACUCAGAUCUUACCUCAACGACCCCGUGUCAGAUCCGGUCUUCUUCCAGGGCUGUAAUAAACCUCAGGUGUUUGAGAAGUUGCUGUUUGGUCUGUGUUUCUUCCACGCCCUGAUACAAGAGCGGAGGAAGUUUGGAGCACUUGGCUGGAACAUUCCAUACGAGUUCAAUGAAUCAGAUCUCAGAAUCUCCAUUCGCCAGCUAGAGCUCUUCCUCAAUACCUAUGUGAAAACUCCUCUAGAGGCGCUGACGUACCUGACUGGGGAGUGUAACUAUGGGGGGCGUGUCACCGACGACCAGGAUCGCCGGCUCAUUGUCAGCUUACUGCAGAUCUUCUACAACGAGAGAAUCAUCACCGACGACCACUACAACUUCUCCGAUAGCGGCCUGUAUUACGCACCACCAAAGGGAGACUACCAAAGCUAUGUGGACUAUAUCAGAACAUUGCCUUUGAUUCCACAUCCUGAGGUAUUUGGAUUACAUGAGAACGCUGAUAUCUCAAAGGACCAACAUGAAACACAGCAGAUGUUUGAGGGAAUUCUGUUGACACUACCUAGACAGAAUUCAGGAAGUGGCGUAUCAUCACAAGAAUUAAUUGAACAACUGGCCAGUGACAUUCUUUCAAAGAUUCCAGCUGAUUUUAAUCUUGAAGAUGUGCAGGCACGGUAUCCCGUGAAGUACGAAGAAUCGAUGAACACGGUGUUGAUUCAGGAGCUGAUUCGAUUCAACCGCCUCACGGACGCGGUGCGCCACAGUCUGCAGGACACGAGGAAGGCCAUCAAGGGUCAGAUUGUGAUGUCAUCGGAGCUCGAGGACGUAGUCGACAGCAUGAUGGUCGGCAAGGUUCCGGCCAUGUGGGCAGCAAAGUCGUAUCCAUCUCUGAAGCCUCUAGGAAGUUACAUCACAGACUUGUUGGCCAGACUGCAGUUCUUCAAGGACUGGAUUUUCUUUGGAAUUCCGACAGUAUUCUGGAUAUCAGGGUUCUACUUUACACAGUCGUUCCUCACUGGAGUUCUUCAGAACUACGCUCGUUUUGCCAAAAUUCCCAUUGAUCAUUUAGCAUUUGAAUUUAUCGUCACAAAUAUGAAAGGUUCCAUGGCAUCCAAACCGACCAAUGGUGCAUAUGUUAAAGGUCUGUUCAUGGAGGGGGCACGAUGGUCUAUAGAGCACAAAGUCAUUUGUGAAUCACUUCCCAAAAUUCUAUAUGACAGCACACCUAUCAUUUGGCUGAAACCUGGAGAAAAAUCUACAUUUGUGGAAACCCAAUCAUAUGCUUGCCCUGUUUACAAGACCAGUGCGAGAAGAGGAAUCCUGUCCACAACGGGUCACUCGACAAACUACGUCCUCACCAUUCUGUUGCCGUCGGACAAGCCCGAGAGUCAUUGGAUCAACCGAGGAGUAGCUCUGCUGUGUCAGCUCGAUGACUAGGCACUACUACUGCUAAAUGACUGCUGCCCAUUAUAAACCUGGGGCCUAAUUCACAAACGUCUCUUAGGCUCUGCUAAGACAUCAAAGGUUCCUCUUUGCAAGUCUUUUAGCAUUGCACUGCGAGAUCGCAAAGUUGUGAGAGUUUAGUGAAUUAGGUCUCUGAUCUUGCAGUGGACCCAUUCUAAAUCAGAUCUGUUUACGAUUUGGACCCAGUCUAAGCCGGAUCUGUUUAAGAUUCAGACAGUAUGCUGGCUUGGUCAGAAGUGAACAACCUAGAUCUAAUUGUUUGUUUUUAUUUAUAAACUUUGAUUAUGAAGUCACAAUGAUUUUUUUGUAGUUUUACCAUUCUUAUUGCUGUAUAUAUUUGUUGAGUUUGGUGCAACUUCUUUUGAUGAAUUUUUACAAGUGGAACAUCUGUUUAUUCAAGUGUAGUGGAAAACAUGGUUAAUUUGCAAGUAAACCUUCAUUUUUUGCUUUUUGAAGGCAUGCAGCAAGCUGUUUUCUUUAGUGUGAAUAUAAACUCUUUGGUCUUUAAGUUUGAAGACAAAAACCUACUUAGAAGUGUGAAUGAUGGCCAUCUCAUCAAAUGCUAUAAAGAAGCAGGAUUUUCUGAGUGGUAUUAUUUGUUAUAUACACCACUAAACAUUGAAAAACCCCACUAAAACUUUACUGACAAAAAGGUCAGUUGGAUGAUAACUUAAUGUAUGAACCAAACAGACCUGUGGAUACGUUUAUUAAUGAAGAACAUGUGUUUUAACAUUUUUGCUAAUGUUAGCUGUAUGUACAGAUUAUCGAUACUUAUAACUGUACAUUUAUGGACCAGAUUCACAUAGAAGCAUGUAUAGUUUAUAUGUAUAUAUAAAAAAAAUUUAUUAGUAAAAUGCCUAAAAUUUGUUGCACAAAGUUUAAAAUUUCCAACAGACUAUAAAACUACACAAUUUUUAACCUUUAUUUUUUAUAUGCAAAUAUUAACCGUUUUGUAAAUCAUGUGAUUCAAUUUUUGAAAUGGACUAAUGUUAGUAUGUUAAAUAUUAUUUAAAAUGUUUAGUUAUGUUAAGGUGUCUUAGUAAUAACAUGUGUUGUUUCACUGUUGGCAGUUUACAUUGAACAAUCAUGUGGACGAUGAUAUUGCUUGUUAUUACAUUACCGGUAGUUUCUGGAGUAUAACAAUACUGUAUAGAUAAAUGAAACUGGCACUUGCUAUGUACAUGUAUGCUUAACAAUCAUCCACAUUUAUUAGGAUUUUGUUUUCUAUGACAACUAAUUAUUAUGUAUUAAAUAGUUAUGCAUGUAUUUGUAAAUUUUUAUUUGUUACAUAUAUAUUUACUUAGCAUAUACUGUGUAUGCUAGAGUUGAAAAAACAAUGUAUCAAAUAUGUUCUUCUACUGUAAACUACAUGUAAAAAGUUACGCAAUAUUUUCUUUUUGAAAAAAAUAUGCAAUUUUGUUCCAAUAUAUUUAUUUAAUUCUUUCACUCACUACCUCAAUAACCGUUAAUUUAAUUUUAGAGCAUGAGGUCUGCAGAUUUGUUUGUUUUGAUUAUUUUUCUUGUUUUGUUAGAUUUUCUUUAAAAGUACAGUAUCUUUGGUGAUAAUCGUGAAUUAAACAUAACAUCCUCCUUUCUUUUUCUUAAUCAUAAACAAUGUCUAAUAUAAUCAGCUACCAUCUUCUGCUGUGAUGUAAAUAAUCAUUUGAAUGUUAAUUUUAUUUGUAAAUCCUAAAUAAUUCAUCAAAUAAUGAAAUGUUUACAUUAUGGUAAAGCUUUUGUAUAUAUUUAUUAUUUUAAUUUAUUCAAAUGAUGCUUGAAAUGUAUUUAUGUAUUUUAACAUUUUAAUAAUAUAUUUCUAUAUAUCAUGUAUCAGAGCCAGAUUUUAAAAUGUGAUGGACAUGGGCAGAGAUUCUAUUAUGUGGGGGCCCCUUUCAGAAAAAAUAAAUUAACCUGUUUUGUUUUCAUUAUUUUUUUGUGAGGCCCCUUAUACAUGUAUGUGGAAGCCUUUGGCAAGCAUCCGUGUUUCUUAUCUUUAAAUCUGGUUCUGCCAUCUAUUUUGUUUUUAAUUACUGGUUUUAUUUUAUGUAUAUGUGUAGCCUAAAUGUAGUUACAUAUACAUACAUGUAAACAUACCCUAAGUGCAUCUGUAUACAUAAAUAUCAUCUUUUAGAUAUGUUAAGUUUGUUACUCUCGUUCACCUUUAAUGCAAAGCCACAUUUUGCAUUGAAAUCAUCAUACAUUGAAAUAAUGUAUAAAAAAAAAAAUUAAUUUAAUUUUAUUAUUUUUUCUCUCAUUUAGUUCAUAAAUUUAAUGUAUACUACACACAUUUCUUGUUAUAGUUAACAAGUCAAAAUCUAUACAAGUAUUGUUAUUAAUAUAUUUAUAUUUGAUAAGCGAGAUGAUAGGCUGUGGUAUGGCACCAUUUUCCAUACUCAUUCGAUUGCACUUGUUCUAGCAAGGUUAUUCUGACUAUUUAUUCCUCAUUAAGCUGAUGACAUAUCUUUAAUAUGGUCAUACUUAUAACCUAUGCACUAUUGUACUUUGUGAACCUAUUACCAGAUAAUACCGUAAUUAUUUUUCAUGUUAGGGUGUAGUUAAACAUUCACCUUGCUGUACUUCAACCCUUGUUCUUGUGUACAAUUUAUAUAUAAAUAUACACAUUUGUACAGAUGAGCUGAAAAGCUUAGUGCUAAAAAAAGAUGAAUAAACAUAACUUGAUCUCAAAAUAAUGUGAUAUUUGUUCAGUUGUGUAUCUUUAACGCACACAUUUUUGAAAUGCAUAGAAGUACACAUAUUAACCAAUCACCCCAACACAUUGUUAAAAGCUGUGAAAUCAUCCCAGCUGAAAUAUUGUAUUGUAAAUAGUUGUGCUAAAAUAAAUAUUGUAUUGGCAACUUGCAAUACAAAACAAUUGGUAUCGAUUAUAUUUAACAUGAAUCUUAACUACAUAACAAUGUACUUUUGCAAAUGUGUAAAUGGUUAUGUUAAAAAAAAAAAAAUUGAAAGCCAAAUAUAUUGGUUUAUGAAAUGGACAAAAGGAAAAACAAUUUUACUGAGGCCUUAGUUUUUAUCUACUUGGGUGUAGUUAUUAUUCAUCAUGUUAAUGUAGAUUUUUAUAAGAAAGCAAAGACAGUUGAUUUCUGUUUUGCAGUAUCUCAUUACAUUAUUUAUUUUGAUAUACAUUUAUGUUAUGAAUAAAUAUUACUUGAGCAA